GGGUGGGGUUCGUCGGGCCCCAGGGGAGGGUUCUGCCUGCGGUUUGGGUCCAUUCACCCGCGUUUUGGGGGCGCCCCGCCCGUUCGUAGCAGCUCCCUCCCCAGCCACGAGCGGGCGCUCCGCGAAGCGCCGCCCGCGGAGGAAGCGUGUCCGCUCGGGCGCGCCGUCCGCAGCCACGGCAACCACGGCAGCGCCGCCCGCGCCGGGUGAGGCGGCGCCAUGGCGGGCGGAGGCGGCCCCAGCGCCUUCCUGCUGGCGGCCCGCGGGCAGAUCGAGAGCGGCCAGUUCCCUGGUUUUGAUGACCUCUAUUGCAAGUACUGCUUUGUCUAUGGCCAAGACUGGGUUCCCACUGCGGGCCUGGAGGAGGGUAUCUCCCAGAUCUCAUCCAAGAGCGAUGUUUCACCCACCACGAUCGUCUGGAACUUCCCCAUCGACAUCACCUUCAAGAGCACCAAUCCAUUCGGCUGGCCACAGAUCGUCGUGAGCGUCUAUGGACCUGAUUUUUUUGGAAACGAUGUGGUCAGAGGUUACGGAACUGUUCAUGUUCCCUUCACACCCGGAAGGCACACAAGAACCAUCGCUAUGUUUGUUCCAGAGUCCACAUCUCAGCUGCAGAAGUUUACAAGUUGGUUCACAGGGAGACGCCCGGAAUUUACUGACCCCAAAGUGGUGGCACAAGGAGAAGGAAGAGAAGUAACGAGGGUGCGAUCUCAAGGCUUUAUGACCAUUUCCUUCAAUGUGGUGACCAAAGAUCUGAAGAAGCUGGGCUACGACGUGUGCCCGAGCAACACGCACGGCCCUUCUCUGCUGCCCGUUACAGAAGGGAUGCACAGAUACUGAUCUUGGGUGUCCAGUGGGCAAAGGCUCACAGAGAAGUUAAGCUCUUGGGGGCUUUUUGUGUCAAAAGGAAAUGAGAAAAUUUCACUUAAGGCCAUUAUUCCAAAAGAAACAAGGGUCUGGAAUAAUUACCUCCGUGUAAGUCUUUCAGGAUGCAGAGAGGUUUAAGUAUUAUGUAAAUGAACGUCAUCUGGUAAUGUUUAGCAGCUCUAGGAGUAGUAUCAGACUGUCUCAAACUAAGACCUGUAACGAAGUUUUUUUAUAACGUUUUUUUAUACACUUUUCAUAUACUUCAAGAAUAGGGGAGUUCAUAGCUGUAAAAAUUGCAAACUGUUUUUUUUAUUCAUGUUUUUUUUGUGCUAGAAAUGGGAAAUAGAAAUUAUUUCACCUUCCAAAAAGGAAGGAAAGGUUCCAGCGAAAUGCACUCACACUUCUCUUUGCUGGGUGCUCCCCUCUGCAACAGCAGCUUUCGUUAAAACCCCAUGGUCCUUCAGAGCUUGUGCCACUAAUUAAAACAGCUCCUGCACUGUAGAAACAUUCCCAUAUUGUCCCAGUGAAGCAACCAGGGCUUUGGCAUUUCGAACAAGAUGGUGACUCCUCCAUUCCCCGAUUUUAUUCGUGCAUCAAGCUUCAGGAAGGACAGUCAGACACUGGCCCAGGUUGCCCAGAGCAGUGGUGGCUGCCCCAUCCCUGGAGGUGUUCCAUGCCGGGUUGGAUGGGGCUUGUAGGCCCUGAUCCAGUGGGAGGUGUCCCUGCCCAUGGCAGAGGUGGAACUGGAAGGGCUUUAAGGUCCCUUCCAACCCAAACCAUACUAUGAUUAUAAGUUAAAAAAAAAAAAAAGGCAGCAGUUUAUUUUAGAGGAGCGAGAGACCAUAGUGUUAAACACAUCCUUGCUGUAUGCUUUUAAGUAGAACAAAUUGCAGAUAUUGACUAAAAAUAAACUUCGGAGCAGGCUCUGCAAAGCAGGCAAGAGUCUCUGUAAGCCAGCUGCAUGCAGUCAUGAGCAGCGUGUCAGUCCCAGUCGGGUUCCAGUGGCUCUGUUCUGCACAGGAGGGCAGGGAGCAGCAGCAAGGUAUGGAGCACCCUCCAGCCCGCACAUCACGCACCUCCUGCUCCACAGUGUUCCUCAGCUGGUUUCCUUAUCAAAAGAGGGGCAGUAAAAGACAUGGUGAUGUUCCAGUCUGCUCUGCAUGGGUUUUCUUUCCUGUUGCAACCUUGGAGAAGGCCUGGAAUGCCAUUAUCAGUGUGCGACAGGAGCACCAGAGCUGAUGUGCGGCGAGGGCACAGAGCUGGCCUCCCUCCGAGGAGCUGCUCCUCUCCUCUCCCACCACAGCCUUUAACCGGAUUCCCCUCUGAGCUGAUGCCAGUGCCGCUCUUUAGGCUGAAUAAACCCAGUUGUCUAAACGCAUUUGUUUGGCUUUCUAGUGCACAGGGUUUAUUUGUGCCGGAAUUUGUGCUCCGAGUCCUGCGCCAUCCCAGUUCUGCUGUCCUUACAGGUACAAAAGAAGUGCUGCUUACAAGGAUCAAGGACAUGACUAACUGCUCAGUCAUUUCCAUAUUUAACUGUGGGCAUGUAACCUCUUGUACUCCACUGCAAACACGGAGAGCUGACUGAGAAUGACUGGCGUGGUACCGCCCUGUGAGCGAGCUCCCGAGACCUUGAACCUGCAGCAACACAAGCAGGAGCAGUGUUGAACUGCGGAGCCUCCGGGACACGCAGCAAAUGAAGCAUCCAGUCAGAGAUAAUUAUUAUUUCAUGCCGAGCAGCGUGAUUGAAUAAACAUAAUUUCUGAGCGGAUAA